GAUAGUGGCUUUAUUAUAUGAUUCCAGAUGGAGUUGGCCAAUGGGACUGCAGUCCAGGAAUUCAUUUUGCUGGGAUUUGGAAUGGAUCAGCAGAAACAGUUCCUGCUACUUGUUUUAUUGAUUAUGCUUUACAUGCUCACUUUGAUUGAAAAUAGCACCAUUAUCACAGUGGUCCUUAUAGAUAGUCAGUUGAGCCAACUCCCCAUGUACAUCCUGCUGAGCAACUUUUCCUGGCUGGAGAUCUGCUAUGUGACCACCAGUGUUCCUCGCUUGCUUUUUGAUCUUGCAACUCAAAACCAUGUCAUCUCCUUCCAUGCUUGCUUGCUUCAGUUCUAUGUCUGGUUUUCUCUUGGCACCACUGAAUUCUUAUUUCUCUCAGCCAUGGCCUUAGAUCGUUACUUAGCUAUUUGCCAUCCCUUGCAUUAUCCCAACAUUAUGUCCCCAAAUUUCUGCUACCGAUUGGUAAGUGGAUGUUGGAUUGUUGGCUUUCUAGGGUACAUGGCCCCAGUUGUUUUGAUGUCUGAAUUGUCCUUUUGUGGAGACAACAUCAUUGACCACUUUGUGUGUGAUCCUCUACCAAUUCUUUCCUUAGCUUGUCCUCCACUUGGAAAAGCUCCACUUACCUGGCAGAUUAGCCUAAACAUUAAUUAUUUAGGCAAUGUUGUCUUUGUGAUGUUCUCCUAUGGUAAUGUGAUCUACACCUUGAUGAAAUCCUCCAGCAAAGGUCAUCGCAAGAAGGGCUUCUCCACCAUCUCUAUGCAUCUCUUGGUGGUGACAAUUUUUUUUGGCACUGUUGGAGCAAUGUAUAUGGUUCCAAGUGGUAAAAGCCACUCCAGUGUUGGCAAAGCCAUUACAGUCUUCUAUGCUGCUGUCACACCGUUUCUCAACCCCUUGAUCUACUGUCUGAGGAACGACCGGGUGAAACAGGCACUGGGCAAGCUGCUCAGAAGAAUGAUGGGGUUGCUGCUGAAAAAGAUCCCAGUGAAAAAGAGGUAA